UGACGUCUUGAAUGUAACUUAACGUCUCCACCGCCGCCGUCAGCCAAACCAAUCGAUGUCAGAUCGCGUCUCAUGGGUUUUCAGAGUAGCUGGAGACAGACGGUUAAUCGAGCCCCGAUAGAAUGGCAGCCAGCAAACGACCUCUAGUUUAGCGACUUUACAUUAACUUAGCGACUAUUAGCUCAGUCUCAUUACACUGCUGUUGCAUUGGUGAGCUGCUGGAUGUCAGAUUAAACAUAAGGUUUAGCUAAAUGCAACAUCUGUUUGUGUUUGCAUGUUGUUACAGUAUUUAGCUUCGUGUUGCAUCAGGUUUAGCAAGUGCCUGUGAGCUAGCUGUGGAAAUAAUUAGCCUUGAUUAAAGAUGUUGAGGUUAGCAUCUGGAAGACGCAUAUUUUCUGAGGUUGCAGUGUGGAGAUGUGUCCAGCAGAUAAACACUCCGGCAAACUACUCAACCAGAGCUGAGCUGCUGUUUCCCUGCCGGACCUCCACAGGGUUUGUCCCAUCCACAGCUUCCACCACCAGGCUGCUGAGCAUCAGGCCUGUGAGCUGGCAGCUCUCCCGUCUCUGCCAAGGGGAUUCACAACAGGGCUCCUCAAAGGCAGGGAGCCCCAAGGAGGGCCAAAGCUUAGGGGCCCUUGUUCAGGCUCCCAAACCAGCCCUGUACCUCGGUAUCUCCGGGCUCAUCCCCUUCCUGUCUGCCCCUCUCGUGAUGGCUGCCUCCCAGUGCUUCUACCCUGAAGUGGCGUACGCUCAAGUCGUCUACGGAGCCUGUAUUGUUUCCUUCCUCGGGGGCGCCCGCUGGGGGUUUGCCAUCCCUGCCGGUAGUCCUGCUCAGCCAGACUGGAUGAACUUGGGUAACAGCGUGGUGCCUUCGCUCCUGGCCUGGCUGGCGCUGCUCUGCAGGGACAAUAUUACGGAGGGAGCCCUGAUAGUCAUCAUGGGACUGGGUCUGUCACUGCAUUACGAUCUGACCCUGCUUCCGGGCUACCCCCCCUGGUUCAAAGCCAUGCGAACCGUUCUAACUCUGGUCGCAACGUUCUCGCUGGUGGCUACACUGACAAUAAAAAAAUUCUGUACAGAGAAGAAGUUGAAAGAGAUUAAGGAUUGAUUUAAGAGACAAUUUUGUACUUCAAGCAAUUUUCACUGAAUAAAAAUGAAAUGG